ACUGCCAUGUGUACGACUUGCUGCACUAGCAGUGAUAACAGCGGCAGGAACAGCAGUGAGAACAGCAGCGAGAACAGCAGCGAGAACAGCAGCGAGAACAGCAGCGAGAGCAGCAGCGAGAGCAGCAGCGAGAGCAGCAGCGAGAGCAGCAGCGAGAGCAGCAGCGAGAGCAGCAGCGAGAGCAGCAGCGAGAGCAGCAGCGAGAGCAGCAGCGAGAGCAGCAGCGAGAGCAGCAGCGAGAGCAGCAGCGAGAGCAGCAGCGAGAGCAGCAGCGAGAGCAGCAGCGAGAGCAGCAGCGAGAGCAGCAGCGAGAGCAGCAGCGAGAGCAGCAGCGAGAGCAGCAGCGAGAGCAGCAGCGAGAGCAGCAGCGAGAGCAGCAGCGAGAGCAGCAGCGAGAGCAGCAGCGAGAGCAGCAGCGAGAGCAGCAGCGAGAACAGCAGCGAGAACAGCAGCGAGAGCAGCAGCGAGAGCAGCAGCGAGAGCAGCAGCGAGAGCAGCAGCGAGAGCAGCAGCGAGAGCAGCAGCGAGAGCAGCAGCGAGAGCAGCAGCGAGAGCAGCAGCGAGAGCAGCAGCGAGAGCAGCAGCGAGAGCAGCAGCGAGAGCAGCAGCGAGAGCAGCAGCGAGAGCAGCAGCGAGAACAGCAGCGAGAACAGCAGCGAGAACAGCAGCGAGAACAGCAGCGCGAACAGCAGCGAGGACAGCAGCGAGGACAGCAGCGAGGACAGCAGCGAGGACAGCAGCGAGGACAGCAGCGAGGACAGCAGCGAGGACAGCAGCGAGAACAGCAGCGAGAACAGCAGCGAGAACAGCAGCGAGAACAGCAGCGAGAACAGCAGCGAGAACAGCAGCGAGAACAGCAGCGAGAACAGCAGCGAGAACAGCAGCGAGAACAGCAGCGAGAACAGCAGCGAGGACAGCAGCGAGGACAGCAGCGAGGACAGCAGCGAGGACAGCAGCGAGGACAGCAGCGAGGACAGCAGCGAGGACAGCAGCGAGGACAGCAGCGAGGACAGCAGCGAGGACAGCAGCGAGGACAGCAGCGAGAACAGCAGCGAGAACAGCAGCGAGAACAGCAGCGAGAACAGCAGCGAGAACAGCAGCGAGAACAGCAGCGAGAACAGCAGCGAGAACAGCAGCGAGAACAGCAGCGAGAACAGCAGCGAGAACAGCAGCGAGAACAGCAGCGAGAACAGCAGCGAGAACAGCAGCGAGAACAGCAGCGAGAACAGCAGCGAGAACAGCAGCGAGAACAGCAGCGAGAACAGCAGCGAGAACAGCAGCGAGAACAGCAGCGAGAACAGCAGCGAGAACAGCAGCGAGAACAGCAGCGAGAACAGCAGCGAGAACAGCAGCGAGAACAGCAGCGAGAACAGCAGCGAGAACAGCAGCGAGAACAGCAGCGAGAACAGCAGCGAGAACAGCAGCGAGAACAGCAGCGAGGACAGCAGCGAGGACAGCAGCGAGGACAGCAGCGAGGACAACAGCGAGGACAGCAGCGAGGACAGCAGCGAGGACAGCAGCGAGAACAGCAGCGAGAACAGCAGCGAGAACAGCAGCGAGAACAGCAGCGAGAACAGCAGCGAGAACAGCAGCGAGAACAGCAGCGAGAACAGCAGCGAGAACAGCAGCGAGAACAGCAGCGAGAACAGCAGCGAGAACAGCAGCGAGAACAGCAGCGAGAACAGCAGCGAGAACAGCAGCGAGAACAGCAGCGAGAACAGCAGCGAGAACAGCAGCGAGAACAGCAGCGAGAACAGCAGCGAGAACAGCAGUGAGAACAGCAGUGAGAACAGCAGCGAGAACAGCAGUGAGGACAGCAGUGAGAACAGCAGUGAGAACAGCAGUGAGAACAGCACUGGCAAGAAGUUCUGACCUGCAGAAGGUGUCGUGUGGCUG